GAGGUUGAUUUAACUGUGAUAGAGGUGAGAGAAUAUAUACAUUUAAGCUGUAUAUACAAGUUAUUCUGAAUAAGCAAAAAUAUGUAUUUUAAUUAUUCAGGUUUACAGCAUCUAAAUGUGCAAUCACAUUUUGAAUAAAUGUAUCACUGUAUGUCCAGUGUCCCAUUCAAACGUGGAACUUUGAUACACUACUUAUGUAUGCAAUAUCAGUUCUAAUUGUACCUGAGGUCUCUUUCAUGUGUACAUUUCCCAUAAACACUGAUUAUUUCCUGACCACAAUUUUUACGCUAUCAUAACCUAAGUAACACGUGAAUGGAGUAAUUACUGAAGUCCAGCGCGCUACAGGAACUGCCGCAGGCUAUGGAUAAUAUAAUUCAGAUGGUCAGGGCAGGGACGCCGUGUCUGUUGCCUAUAUUCUACCGCCUUUUGAAAACACGUGUGUCUCAUUUAGAGUAACGCACUCACACUGUCAACAGUGGGAUUUCCUUUACAGACCAGAGAAAAAGAAAGCGCUAAGAGGAUGGGGAGGGAAAGUCCGUUAGUCUCGACUAGAACGUAGAUGAUUGGGAAAAUAAAAAGUAGCCGUUGUUUGUCUGAUGUGGACGUGUUUCUUAUUGUAAUUCCAUAUUACCCUCAGUAAUUGAUCAAAAGCUUCUGUAUGGAAUUGAAAAAGCUGUCACAUUUUUUUGUGGGAUGUCUAAAAACGCACAAUGUUCCAAACUAUUUAUUAUCCAUUUCUUUUUAUUUUCAAUACAGGUUAUCUUUUUGCCUUGGAACACCAUGACUGUGGAGGAACGAUAGACAUCCGUCAAGAGAAAAACGGUUGCAUACGCUAUUCCUCAUUAGCAGGCCAAGUUGAUUCAAAUAAUGUCACUUUCAAAAGGCCAGGACAUUCGGACACAGAGUGCAUUUGGGUUAUCGAUGCUCUCCGUACUCAAAAGGUACAAUUAGAGGUAAUUUCCAUCGACAAUGUGUCGCGUGUAUGGGUGCAUUUUGAGAGUAAUGGGGAACAGAGGGAUUAUGCACUUGAAGAAUCCUCACCGGUCUCGGCCAUGGGCAGGAUCAUCAUUACCUGGAGAGCAAAAAAGUAUGCCAACUCGCUACAGUCCAUAAAUCUCUCCUUCACUGCGGAUUGGAAAGACAUUGGGAAUUCCUUUGAGGGUCAAAAGGGGAAGUCAGCUCAGACAGAACCUGCCAUACUACUAGGGACCUCCUCUCCCAGCAUCUCAGCAGCUCCCAGAGUUCGAAGGAAGUCCUGGCUCCUGGGGUCUUCAGAGCCAGCCCUGGGCAGCAAGGGCAGCACUCAUCACCCCACUGGGCUGGGGGGGCAAGGGUUGGGCCAUGGGACAGUUGGUGCAUUCCACAGCCUGACCUCAGCCCCCGCCCACUGGCUCAGCCCCGACGCGUCUGCAGCAUCUGAUAAGGAAGUGCCCCCCCUCUCUCAGGAAACAUCGGACAAUAACCCGGACACGUCUGGCGCUGCUCUCGCCGAGGCCAAAGUGCAGGGGGCGGACGCCGUUGCCCUGCAGCGCUCGGAGAUUCGGGCUGAAGAAACCAAACCAGAGCCACCUCGUUUCCCGGGCACACCCACGGAUUCUCCGGGACUUGCCACCACCACUGUCCCUCCCACGCAGGGCCUGGACUCCAUUUUCCCAGGGCUGCUGAAUGUUCGAGUGCCAAGGACUGCAGCUGCUCCUCUCUCACACACUGAUGCUGAUUCCUCUAUGCCCCUCUCUCAGAUCAACACCCUCCUGCCUACUCUCCCCCCUCAUGGGACUGCUCCUGUCCCUCCCUCCCUGGCCCCAGACCAGCAGGCAGAGCGGAGCGGGGAUACUCCUUCUCACACAGACACCACAUCAGGGAGUCCUCAGAGCAGUGUAGCCUCCCUGUCCCUCAGCAGCAUCUCCCAGCUCUCAGGGGAGGUUGAAGCUCACAGCUUGGUUUCUACUGUGGUGAACUCGCCACCAGACCUCACACUCCCAGACUCCAGAAAUCCACCCGUGGCUUAUGUCUCCACAGCUCAUACAGGGGUUCCCAGGGGAAAGGAUUAUAUACACAGUUACUACCAGCCCAGUUUUAUAAGCCCUUUUCCUGGCACAGGGGGGCAGGAAGUAACUGAAAGGCAGUCUGCAUUCGACUCUUUAUCCGACAGCACCCUCGGGCUGUCUCAGGGGAGGAGCGCAUUCCCAGAGUCAGAGGGAACUAUGGGUAGGGACUCCUGGAGUGUCUCUGAUCUGGUGCCUCCUGCAAGCUCCUUGCCUGAGGACACCACAGGCACACAGCAGGCCUUAAAGGCAAACGGGAGCACUGAAAUGAUUCCAGGCUCUACUGAAGCUGAGGGGAACCUCAGGAUCUCCCCUUUAGUCACCAGGAGCCUAUCUGAAGAUAAGAGAUCUGAUGUCCCUGGUGUUCUGGAGGACGUCUCUGCUUUGUCAGCUUCCACAGUCGGGCCCAGUGGUACUGCUUCCCCCUCUCUGGACAGCAGCACUAUGGAGGAGGUGGCAGUCUCUGUUCUCCGUGUUGAUCCAGGCAGCUCCCUCGGGCAGGUGCCUUCCAUCUCUCCCCCUGUAGGAGUGGACACAGAAAAACAGGUCAGCACAGUCGUUCUGGGGUCCUCCGACCCCUACACUGCCACCCCUGUUCCAGAGCUGGGUGAGAAGGCCGAAACUGACUUCACUGUAUCAGUGCCGCUCACUGAAGCGCCAACUCACAGCUCUGUCUCUGCUGAUCGGGAUUUCACAGAAAUGCUGACCGAGAAGCCAGAGCUCAAAGACUCAGCGUCGACACACAACGAUCACGUAAGCUCCGCCUCAGCGACCGCAGUGUCAGAGGUUUCCUUGGGGCCUGAGUGUGAGACAAACCCGGCCCAUGAGUCACAGAGCUCAAACUGUGCCUCACACCCCCAUGUCCCCGUGGAGGCAGAUGGUACAGGCCCUGUGCCAGCCGUCUCCACGGCGUCCACAGCCCCCACCCCUGCAGGACCGCGGCAGGAGCCCACUGUGUCUGAGGACCUCUCUAGUGCUCCUCCCAUCCACAGCACUCCUGACCACUCCCUCACAGGAGUAACCACAGCAACCCUUCUCCUCACGACAUCGUUUGCGGAGAAUACCCAGGGGAGGCGGAGGCCCAGAGGCACACAGAGUCCUGAGGAGACUGUUCCUCAUAGCAGGAGGGGGCAUUCUGAGAGCACAGCAACCAGUGCUGAUGGGUCCACCUUCCAUUCCCACACAGUCACACCUGGCCCUGUAGACUCCAAUACCUCUCAGAGUGCAGAGCCCGGGUCUCCCACCUUGACCCCUCCCUUAGCGGCGAGCAGCACAGCGGGGAGCAGCACAGUGGCGAGCUCUGUCUGUUCACUCCCCGCCUGCUCGUCUGUGCCUCCUCACACUCCUGAAGGGCUGUCCCCCUCAAUACAAGUUGGGACGGAGGGACCGCGGAAGGCGGGCUGUCCCAGCUGCACCGCCAUCCCCUCAACAGCAGGGGGAAAAUCCAGCCCUCCAGUCACCUUCAGUCCCACUGUAACCGUGACCACACGACUGACCAGCAGCAGUCCCAGCAGCAGUCCCAGCGGAAAGACUCAUCCAACCACAGCGACCCCCUUCCCCUUCACACCCCGGCCAAGGCCAACGUCUCAGACCCCUGGCCGAGAGACAGUCCCUCCCCCUCCCUCUCCCCGGACAGACCAGUCCACCAGCACAUUAUCCACGCAACCAGCCAAUAGCAGGGCUCCCAGCUCCUCUGCUAAACCAGUCAGAGGCAGAGUAUUCAUUGUGGAGAAUCAGCCUGCCAUCAUAAAAGAAGAAACUGUCCAGCUCCUUCUGCAGAUGGUUCUAGAAAGUGGGUCUCCUGGGGAGCAGAAAUCUCCACAGCCUGAGAGCAUCAAAGAGGAUGUAGUCAAUAAGGUGGAGCCGCUCUUGCAGAAGGCUCCUGGGUAUGAGGGACUACGGGUGUCAUGGACAAGUGGGAAUGCGGUCGUGCAGGGUGUGCCUGUGUUCAAUACCGCGAGGGCGCUGUCCUGGCUGGGGGCCCCUGGGGGUCUUCUGGAUGUGACUGGGCUGAGGGAGAACGUGAGGCGGGGGCUGUAUGUCGGUGGGGCCAAGGUGGCGAACAUCACUGUGGGUGGGCUGCAGCCGGAGCUGUGUUCGUGGCUAUUCCUCUGCCCCUCAGGGUUCCAGUGUGUGCCGACCAGCCUGGGCAAUGCCAGCUGUACCUCCCUGUGCCACACAGACUACUGCAAGAACAGUGGAAUCUGUACACACCACCAUGGCCAGCAGCCAAUGUGCCAGUGCCCAGUGGGGGAGGAUUUCUGGUACAUGGGCAGGUGGUGUGACUUCCGCAUGACACGGCAGAGGCUGGUGGGCGUGUGUCUGGGCGUCCUGUUCACUGUGGCCGUGCUGAUGGCCACCCUGUCCUACCUGAUCAUCCGACGCUUCAAAGCCAUGCUGAUCCAGGCCAAGGUGGACCAGACACGCAGCAGCUAUCGAAGGUUCAACCACUUUGACGAGCUGUCCAGUAGGUUCUGGCUGCGGUCUUGGCCGGGCUCAGCGGACUCCCUGGAGAACCCAGCCUACAGCCGCUCUGACGAGCUGCUGCACCUCAGGGCUCUGGAUCGAACCUGCUGUUACCACGAUGACACUCUCUCCAUCGCCUCCACCUACCCGGGUAGUGGAACACACGUGAACACAGUCUACGCUCAUGGCUCCCACUACAACUGGGACCUGAGUGACGGCAGCAUAAACGAAUGGAUCGCGGACUCUGGGAAGGCGAGCGACCUGUCUGUGUGCAGCUGGCCCAUUGAGCCCAUCCAGUGGACGCCCUUCCCCCUGCUGCAGCAGCUGGGCAUCAACAGAGCAGCUAAGACACCUCGUCCUCACUCCUACUGUGAAGGAAUGGAGCUGGUCGACAUGGAGAAAACCCGGACUGCCUGAACACCACAACCAAGGAAAGCAAAGUACAUGAAGAACUGAACACGACAAGCCUACAACAAAGCCAGCCACCCAAGAACCUUCUCCACAUCCAUCGCAAUGCUCCUCCCCGUUUAGGAAGCAUACACGUACCAUGUACAGCGGAACAAUUCUAUACAUAUAUAUAUACACACACCAAGUGCAAAUCCAAGGCUUUUUGUCUCAAUAUCUUAUUAUACAUUUCUAAGAUCAACCUGGUUUAAAUGUUCAGUAAAUUGUUUUAACAAAAUGAGAAAUGCAACAUCUGGAGAAAUCGUUUGAUUCAUAUUUGGUAGAGCAUGUACUUAACAGAUCAACACUGGCAUGCCUCUAUGAAGUCUGGGUAAUACUCAAUGUAUUUUUUAAGCAAUGCUUUCAAUUUAUCAAUAUGGACAAUUUAACUUAAAAAAAAAAACAAAAAAA